AUGGCAAUGCUAUCAUUGUGUGGACUAUCUGAUGAUACUUUAUUCAAGAGCAAAUAUGCAGUUGAAGAAAACGAAGCAUUUGAGACUUUUCAGAAUGACAAUACUGUUAAUCAAAUGAAUUUGUACACACUUCCAGGAAAUCCAGUUGAAAAUAUGCGUAUGAUAACAGCUCGUGAUACAAUGGGUCGUCCAGUUGAAUUAAACUUUCAUCAUGGUACUACAACAUUAGGUUUCCAAUAUCAAGGAGGCAUAGUUAUUGCUGUUGAUUCUCGAGCCACUGGAGGACAAUACAUUGGUUCACAGUGUAUGAAAAAAGUUGUAGAAAUCAAUGAUUUCAUGUUAGGUACAUUAGCUGGCGGUGCAGCUGAUUGUGUUUACUGGGAUCGAGUUCUCUCUAAGCAAUGCAGAUUACACGAGCUAAGAAACAAAGAACGCAUUAGUGUUACAGCUGCUUCCAAAAUUAUGUCAAAUAUGAUUUAUUAUUAUAAAGGAUAUGGAUUGUCUAUUGGAAUGAUGUUAGCUGGGUAUGAUAAAAAUGGUCCGUCAUUGUUUUAUAUUGACAAUGAUGGUUCUAGGACACCUGGAAAAGUAUUUUCGGUAGGUUCUGGUUCAAUAUAUGCAUUUGGUGUACUUGAUUCUGGUUAUAAAUGGGAUCUUACUGAUGAUGAAGCUCAAAAACUAGGCCAAAGAGCUAUAUUCCAUGCUACUCACAGAGAUGCUUACAGUGGUGGUAUUGUUCGAGUAUAUCAUAUUACUAAAGAUGGAUGGAAACAUAUUAAGAAUGAAGAUUGUGAUGAAAUAUACGACAGAAUAAAGGAUGAAGCUAAAUAAAUAAAAUUUUAAAUAUAAAGGUCUUAAAAAUUGUAAUUAUAAGUACAUCAUUUUGUAUGGUUUAUAAACAUUAAAGCAUUAAUAAAAUAAAUUGUGGUAAUAAAUAAUUUCCAUCAUGAAAAUUAACUGUA